AUCUUUUUGGAGACCGACGUCAGGACCUUCCUUGUUCGACCGUUUUUGAUAUUCGCGAAAUUCCCCCCUUAUUUACAAAUUUUGAAUCAAAUCUACUCGAACCAUGUCGUCCAAGAAAGAGCCCCAGAGCCAGGUUCCUCCUCAAAGCAAGGGCUCGUGGUCAAGUUUCCUUAAGUCAAUCGCCUCCUUCAACGGCGACCUUUCCUCGUUGACUGCCCCGCCUUUUAUCCUGUCGACUACAUCCCUCACUGAGUAUUCGGCCUAUUGGGCCGAACACCCUUCCGUCUUCGUGGCGCCCGCUAAGGAGGCCGAUCCCGAGAAACGUGCCCUCCUCGUGCUCAAGUGGUUCCUCACCACUCUACACCAGCAAUACUGCAGCCGGAGUGAGAAGCUCGGUAGUGAGAAGAAGCCGCUGAACCCUUUCUUGGGUGAGCUUUUUAUUGGCAAAUGGCUUGCCGGUGCCGACGCGGAGUUGGGCGAGACCACUCUGAUCAGUGAGCAAGUGAGCCACCACCCUCCCGUUACCGCAUACGCGAUCCAGAACGAAAAGCAUGGAGUCGAGCUGCAAGGAUACAACGCCCAGAAGGCCUCAUUCUCAAGCACCAUCCAAGUGAAGCAAAUCGGCCACGCCCAGUACACCAUCACUCCUCCAGGCUCCAGCGAAAAGGAGAAAUACGUGAUUACCCUCCCCAGCCUGCACAUCGAGUCUCUUAUCUACGGCACGCCCUUCGUCGAGCUGGAAAAGUCCACCAAGAUUGCCAGCAGCAGCGGCUACAUCGCCAAGAUCGAUUAUUCGGGCAAGGGCUGGCUGAGCGGAAAGAAGAACACCUUCACCGCGAGCUUGUACAAGGCCAGUGAGGGCGAGAAGAAGCCUCUCUACACCGUUGACGGCCAGUGGUCGGAUACCUUCACUAUCAAGGAUGCCCGUACCAAGGAGAUCGUUGACCGCUGGGUCGUCAAGGAUAACGCGACCACCCCGCUCACUCUAGCCCCGCUCGAGCAGCAGGAUCUGUAUGAGAGCCGUCGUGCGUGGGCAGAUGUCGCCGACAACAUCAAGAAGGGUGAUAUGGACGCUGUUUCCGGGUACAAGUCCCGUAUCGAGAACGCUCAGCGUGAAUUGCGCCGCGUCGAAAAGUCCGAGGGCCGGGACUGGGAGCGCCGUUUCUUCAACUGCGUUGAAGAGAAGGACGAUGACCCCUUGUUCCAGCAGGCCGCAAGCUCAAUUGAUUAUGCCGGCUGUCUCGAGGCUGAUAAGACUGGCGGUAUUUGGCGCUUCGACACGACACGCGCUGCGGGCGCCCAGCCACCUUAUCACAAGGUUGGAGGUGAGGGACUGGGCCUUGAAGAGUAAGGAAGUACUUCUUUACCCUUUGUUGCUCCAUCAAAUCUAGUCAACGUCAAUCGGGGAGAAGCCGAUCAUGAUAUUUUCACUUCUUUUGGAUUUCUUUUUUCUAUUCUGAAGGAACCGCUCUUGAAUCGCGGAACCAAUUGUCUUCACACAUAGAUUUGACCGUUGUGGGGAAUUCUGGGUCCUAUUGCUGCUAUGUUCUUCCUAGGAAUGUGUGUGAUGGAUGCUGCAUUUCGAUUGUACAUAGUUUCUAGCUCAUGCAAGCCUGUUUGGUUAUAUGCUUGUUCGAGCGGCGAUAAUCCUUUUUCAUUCCAGCCGAGAGAAAUCUGCCAGACCUAUCAUCAAAACAAACGAGUCCACAGGUACCUUUCGAUUUGUUGUUUAAGUGGAUGAACAACCAUAAAGAACUGGGGAGCAUUUGAGAGCCACCGAGGAUCAUUUAUACCGCACCCAAAGCCUGUUGACAGCUACUUGGUUUACAUGCCAGAUUGCCAAUUUCUACAUCUCCGUUUGAUCAUCUGAAUUCUCUCCCAACACCGAAUCAUUCUUCGAACAGUAUCCCGCCGCCACUUCUCAUCCUCAAAUGAGUCAUUUUCUGGAGAAGGGCAGCCAAAAAAAUGCGCAUAUGAGCGCACAGAAGGGAAUUGACCUGCGGGCUGAGCUAGUCCAACGAGUUGCUUUUAACUACGAGGAUCAUGAAACCGCAUGGAUAUGGGGAAACUUCUCAUUGAAGGUCUUUCUCUUGCCUAUUCAAGUUGCCCAUUCAGGCAGAACCGUGUAUAGUACCCCGCAAUUUUAUAAAGUUUUGGCAGCAAAAAUGGGCCGGGGUGCUAGCCUGAGUAUUGCCAUCUGCCGAUAAAAUCCGCUUGUCUCGGCAACAAUUCUGGAUCACUAGGUUCCUGAAACAGG